CGUUGUGUGCGGAAAAGCGGACGAUUUCGCGCGUCACCACCCACACGUCAUAUUAUCGUCGUACCACCUAUAGACGAGUCGCGUGUUCUCUGCUAUCGUAUUACCGUUCAUAAUAAUAUUAUUGUUAUUGUUAUUAUUAUUUUUUUUUGUCUUUGUUGUUGUUCGUACACCGCUGUAGUGGGGCAGGUGGGUGGGGUGGUGUUGCAGAUGUCCGUGUUGUAGGUGCAGGGGGUAUUUACGGUUUCCGCGCGAUAGCGGUGCCGCGGGUGUUCGUCGCGAUAUUCUCUCCCACAUAGUGACAGUUCCGCUAGCCGCCUACCGGUCCAGGCGCGCUCCGCCACCGCGGACGAUGACUGCCACGCGUCCGACGCACGCCAACCGUCGUCAACCGGCGGCGUAUCCGUGGCCGGCCGCACCGGCGGCCACGUGACGUGGUUGCCGCUGCUGCUGCGGCGGCGGCGCCUGCUGCAGGUCGCGACCGCGACAACCACGGCCGAGCUGCUCGCUUACCGCGCGGCGACCGCGGCCGCUGCGGCGGUGGCCCAACGGACGGCCGCGGCGGUGGCGAUGUACGGCAACGGUACAGGCGGCUCUGACGUCGGCGGCUUUAAUUACACGGAUGAAUACUUUGACGGCGGCAACUGUUCCGCGUUGCCCACGUCGCCGUCGUCCGUGUUCAACAACGACACAGGCUGCUACGAGGAUCCCGUCGUCGUCAUCGUCAAGAACUAUUGGGCACUUGGGCUGGUCGUGUUCCCAAUACUCACGCUGUUUGGCAACGUGCUGGUAAUAAUCAGCGUGUGCCGGGAACGGGCCCUGCAGUCCGUCACCAAUUACUUUAUCGUCAGUCUGGCGCUGGCAGAUCUGCUGGUCGCCCUCGUGGUCAUGCCGUUCGCCGUCUACGUGCUGGUCAAUGGGAAAUGGGGCUUGCCCCCGUUUGUUUGCGACUUCUAUAUAGCGAUGGACGUGAUUUGUAGUACAUCGUCCAUAUUCAAUUUGGUGGCAAUCAGUAUAGACAGGUACAUUGCGGUCACGCAGCCAAUAAAAUAUGCAAAGCACAAAAACAACCGGCGAGUGUGGCUGACAAUAGUGCUGGUGUGGGCCAUCAGCGCGGCAAUUGGCAGCCCCAUUGUGUUGGGGCUGAACAACACGCCGGACCGGGAACCGGACCUCUGUGUUUUUUACAACUCGAAUUUCGUCAUUUACUCGUCCCUCUCCUCGUUCUACAUACCGUGCAUCAUAAUGGUAUUUCUCUAUUGGAACAUAUUCAAGGCAUUAAACCUCAGAGCGAGAAAAGCAAAGGCGGCGAGAAGACCGCAGCUGAGCAGAGACAUGAAACCGGGUAUCAUCAUCGAAAAUGUUGCACAGACCAGAAGACGACUGGCCGAGACCACGUUGCUGGCUACAGCCUCAUUAGCGCCCGGAAGUUCAUCCAUCAUUGACGAAGGGCCAACCAACACCGGAAGCGGAAGUCAGGACGACGAAGAAGAGGGUGGAUCACCCGGCUCGGAUGACUGUCACAUCAUACAUAACGACAAAUCUACAGACUUUAUCCUGUCCACGGUCAUGGAGGAAACUGCGAUGGUGGCGACGUUGGCCACGCCAUCCAACCUAACUGCCGACCCAAACGGAAACUUGGGUUCCAGACCACAGGAUAUCGAUCUUGUAACAAGGGUCUUGAACCCUAACCAAACAGUCAGCUCCAUUAGCGACAAGAUCGGUGAUAAGACACCAGGAAAACGCAGAGAUUCCUCGGCAGCGUCGUCACCAAUCACGAUGACCACAGCGUCGGCGAUGACAUUGACGACCACGGUCACGGUCACGGCUGCUGCGGCUACCCCGACGGCUGUACCGCAGCCGUUAGACCGGUCAAGUCGAACGACACAGUCGCUUGUGAAACGUUCGCUGUCGUCGAUGCUCCGGAACGGUUCCGAGGAGGACGGUUCGAGGUGUUCGAAAAAAGAGUACAAGACAACAACAGAAGGAAGCAGUCGCUUCACCAUAUACAAGGUGAAUAAGGCAAGCCGGAAGAAACGGGAAAAGUCUUCGGCGAGAAAAGAGAGAAAAGCCACGAAAACCUUGGCGAUUGUUUUGGGUGUGUUCCUGUUCUGUUGGGUGCCGUUCUUCACGUGCAACAUACUGGACGCGAUCUGCCACAAACUGGACAAGGAAUGUUCGCCCGGCGUCCGGAUGUUCAUACUGACCACGUGGCUGGGCUACAUGAACAGCUUCGUCAACCCCGUGAUCUACACGAUAUUCAACCCGGAGUUCCGGAAGGCGUUCAAAAAACUCAUGCGGAUAGGCACUUGACCCGUGGCCGACGGCGCCGGCAAGAGCUUCGCCACGAACGCCUGCGGCAAGUGACGCCGCUGCCGUUUGUGCGGUGUGCAUCGAUCGUAUAUUAUUAUUAUUAUUAUUAUUAUUAUUACUAUUAGUAAUUGCAUGUGCGGUCGUGUGAACUCGCAGCCACUUCCUCUAACAUAUUAUUAUUAUUAUUAUUAUUAUAUCCGUAUCAUUAACUAUUAUUAUAUUAUUAUAACUAAAACUAUAUAUGUUAUGACUAGUUUCCGGAUUUAAAUGCCCUAAAAACUGAAAAUGAUUUCAAAAAUAACCAAUAAUGUCCUCAAAAAUGUCCUCUUAACGCAAUAAUACAAGUCACUAACGAACACGCACUCUUGCCUUUUGCAAUAACUACUUGUCGAUAUUUCAGUCGUAUCGAUAUUAUAUAUUACAAUGUUUACAUGUACUACGUACGAGACUUGAUAAGUCGAACUUGGACGAUAAUAUAACUAACCCCGGCAUCUCUCGUGUCUUCAAGAAGACGAUAAAGACGACGACGACGAUCACGCGACUUAUUCUAACAAUACUUUAAUAAUAUUUAUAUAAAAUAGUUAACAGCCAUGUCGUUAGGUUUCGACUAUUAUGGCGUUCUACUUCGACUUAAAAUUAUAUUUUUACAAUUGACAAACAAAAAUAUACGUUUUCACCAGUCAUUAAAAACUUGUUUGCCUAUUAUUGUGUACAUUGAUGACUGAAUAUCCAUUAAAAUGAUACGUUUAAAAGUAAGAGGUAUUAAAUGACCAACGUCAAGAUAGUCAAAACGCUUUUUAGGUUUUUUAAACGCUCUUAAACACUGUUAUAAUGAAACUGUUAUCAUUGCGCUAUAAGUUAUAAACUUUUAUUAUCAGUCAAAUAAUUACGAUAAAAUUUAAUCUAUAUGUACAAGUUAUUAUUGUACCUAGUUAAUUUUUUUUAUGUAGCUUUAGGUAAUAGUGUUAUAUACAAUCUUUAGUUGUGUUAUGUGAUGAAUUUAUUGUACAUGAAAAUGCAAUUCAUAAUAUUUCACUUACAAAAGCUAGCAUGAUUAAUAUUUUAAAUUUAAAUUAUUAUUUUAUUUUUUUAGAAAACCCAUAAUAUUAUGUUAUAAUAUCUCUUGGAUAUUUGUAUAUUAUAUCUACACACAACUUAUGAAUCCAAAAUAAUUUAAUAUGAAAGCCGUAUAAUUUUUUCGAUUAUAUCUAUUUCAAAAUGUCGAAAUAGUAUUGUUAAGUCUAAAAAUGUUAUAAAAGUUUAAUUAAAAUAACAAUUAAUUAUUCUACCUGCUAAAGUGUAUUCCGAGAAAUUAAUAAAUACAUAUUAAGCUUACCAUUAAAUAAAAUUAUUUUUAAAUUGCAUAAAGCUAGAAAAGCGAGAAUUGUUUGUAUGCUUAAACUAAAUUACACCGUUAUAAUAACAAUAACGACAAAUGAGAAGACAUUCUGAAAUACGUUUAAAGUUGACUUCUAUAAAAUCAGAUUAAAGAUUUUUAUUCAUAUUUUACACGCUCAGUUCUAAUUAUUAUAUUAUUAAUAUUUCCAUAAAUAUACCAAUUAUAAAUAUUAUAAGUGCCAUAAUUUGUCAGCAUAUUGAAAAUAUUUUUAUUAAAAUUAUUAUUUUCGAUGGUCUCAAUAAUCAAAAAGUAGCUGAUAAAAUACGAUUUAAAAAUAAAAACUGUCAUCUAAAACAUUUCUAAUUUAAUAUAAGUACAUUAAAUAUGCAAUAUUAUUUGUCUCAUAACUCAUAAGUAAGGCACGGAUUGUAAUGAACUGAACAUUAAAGGCCAUAAAAAAAUCCAUUUAUGAAACUCCAAAACUCUUAAAAAAAUGCACAUGAAAUUUUUUUAGUUGUUGUUUAUCCAAUAUAAUUAUUAUGUUGUGUAAAAACAAUUAUUUGAGCUACAUUGAUUUUUUUUUAAAUUGACUCCUAUCAUCGUCAUAUUAUGAUUUAAUUUGAAACAACAAUUUAUGUUUACAUCUUUUGUCAUAUUCCUAAAACUAGAUGAAAAUCACGUGUUGAAUAUGAAAUUCCGCUGAAAACUUCCUAAAAAAAUCAUUGUUAAAAUUAUUAUAGCAUGUGAUUAAAAACAUUUAUAGCUUUGAAAUAACCAUGUCAGGCAAUCUAUAAAGAAGACACAAAUACAUUGCAAUUCGAGCUCUACUCAUAAGUCUUAUGUCGUAUAAUUAUUAUCAGAACAAUGUUUAUCGAUUUUCACAAAUACGAUUGAAUGCAUUAUCUAUCAUAUUAUUUUCUGUUCGAAUUACUUCUAAGUUAUUAUUGCGAAUUCUGACUCUUGUAUCAACGUGCGUAGGUUUAUAAUAUUAAAUUAAAAAAUGUAUUAUUAAUAAACUCGAAUGUAAUUUUAAUAUUUUUAAAUCAACUACUUAUUAAUCAUAUUUUGUUCUAAAAAAUUGUUCAAUAUUGAUUGAACGUGUUUAUAUUGGUCAUCUACUUUUAGUUUAUUUACGUUUUCUUCGUUUUUAGUUUUUUUAAUAAUAUAAUUUUUGGGUAAAUAAAAAUCGUAUCCGAACGACCGAAUACAACAAAACUUUGUUUUGUAACGUAAAUAUUAUAAUAUAUAAUUAUGUGUGCGUGUAUAUGUUUUGCAUACGUGUUUAGACUAUCCGAUUAAUUAUUUUAUCAGAAUAAUGUAAUAUGAUUUUAGACUACUGGUAAUUUUUGCUCAAAGAAUAGAUAACAAAGUUUGUCUUUGAUUAUUAUUAUUAAUUUUGUUGAAGCAAAAUAUUGCAGGAUUUAGUGAAAUAAUAACACCAGGAUAUAAUUUAAUGUUUUAUUACUAUAAAUAUAUUAUAAUACUAAUAUUGACCGUUAUUAUCAAAAAUUAAAUCACCUAACCAUAAAUUAUUACUAAUAAGUAAUAUAAUAUAAUAUCUUUUGUAAGAAUUAACAAAAACAUAAACAAAAAAUAGAUAUUAUGUAAUAUUCUGACUUUAUACUUUUUUUUAUGUUGUUCAAAAAAAUUAGUAAAAAGUAGAAAUAUUAAUCAUUUACAGCAUCUUUUAUUUAUUUUUCUUUCAAAUUUUGUAUUUAAUUUAAAAAAAAAAUUACAAAACAUUUUAAUACUUAUAUGUAUUCCAUAAUAAUAAUAAUUGUAAUUGUUAUAGUUAUUAUAAUAUAUCUAAUAGGUCCUAUUGCUAUAUUAUAAAUUUGUUUUGUUUAAUGUUGGUUGUUAUUCCUAAGUGCUUAAUUUUAAUUUUAACAGGUUAUUGUGAACACUCAUUGUAACUCAUACCAUUUACAAUGAUUUUAUAUAAUACCAUACAUUUUUAAAAAUAUGAUUAAAUACAAUAUCUUCAAAUAUGUUUAUUUUUUAUUAUAACUAUGUGUAUUACGUACCUCAAGUGAUAAUAGCCAACUCCAUACUUGGCUCAAACUCGAAUAAUUAAAUAUCACUUUCUUUAAAAUUAUUAUUUUUUUUUCUUUAUGCUUAUGAAUAAUUUGAUAAUAAGAAAACCCCAUUCAUUUUUUUUAUACUCAUCAACUAGAAUAUUAAAUUGUUCAAUAUUUCUUGAUUUACAGAUGAAAAUAUAUUUGCAAAGUCCAAAAACCAUUUAAUUUGAUCAUUUGGUUUUACUGCUGUAUCGUGUAUUUAAAUUAUUAUUGACUAAAAAAGAAGUUAGAGUAAAAAGAAAAAUAAUGUAUUUUAUUGAAACUUCACGGAAUAAAUUAAGUCAAAUGUUCAUUAAUUAAUUAGAAAUAAUAUUCAUUAAUUAGGAUUUUAAUUUUUGUCAGUAAGUUUGUACAACGAAAAAAAUUAAUCGAUGAAUAUUUUUAAAACUCUGUUGUUAUUGUAAUUUAUUAUAUCUAUUAACUUCAUUGAUUUAUUGUAUCAUGUAUAUAUUAUUACCUAUAAAUAUGUAUUAUGUUGAAAAAACUAUCGUUUUAUAACCAUAUUAUUAUCUAGUCCCGUUGUCGAUUAAUUAUAUCGCGCGUGGAAUAUUGUAUACCUAACGUUAAUAUAAUAAGAACUUUUAUAAUACGCAUUACACCCAUUAUUAUUAUUAUUAUUAUUAUUAAUGUAUCGUUUGUAAUUAUUGAGUUUUUAAGGUAUAUUAUUAUACUAUUAUAUUGUAAUAAUUUGUUAUUAUUAUUUUUUUUUUAUUGUUAAAGAUUAUAAUAUUAUAUCAAAAUUCAUACAUAUUAAUUAUUAAUUUUAAUUUCCAAUCUAGUCUAUACAACAUAAUUUACGAAAUAUAUAUUACAUAAAUGUAUAUUUAUUUAUUUACAUAUUAUAUUAAUACUAUAACAUGUGAAGUUAGACGCGUUACCUUUAAAGUUACGAUUGUGGUGUAAAUAUUUGAAUUGUAAAAUUACUAUAAACAAACGAAUAAUACUGUAAAAUAAAAAUAUUGA